AUGCCUUAUCAGGGGCCUUUGCCCAACGAUUCCCAGAACUUUGGAGAUGGGGGUGACUACGACGAAGGCUAUUACGAGGAAGAUAACGGGGAAUAUGAGGAUCACGAGGUCGAAAACCCCAUUGAUCUUGACGAGAAGGAUAUGGAUCCUAAACAAGAGGAUCCAGAGGCCUUUAUUGCCGCCCAAGGAUUGGAAACCAAUCCUUCAGCCGUUCCUCCUCUAGGAAUGCGGCCGCUUGCCCCACCAAUCAGGACUGGCGUACCCAACGACGCUAGCCCUAUUCCUCCUCCGGGACCAUCCCUACAUCCUGGAGCCAGCCCAUCGAAUCCUGCUCAUGAGAAAGGAAAAGCCAAAAUGGCUAAUCCUGUUGGAAAAACAAACCCCCAGAAGAAAGCUCAUCCCGUUACAAGAACCGAGGCUAACCAAGGGAAAUUCCCUAGCAAAGAAAGGAUGAAUCCUGUCCCAGGACAGGAUCAUCCGAAUGAUCGGCAGGGGAAGUGCUCGCAAGGUAAUAAGCCCCGGAAUUUCCCUAGACAGGACAACGGGAGCGACGCUUUUAUCCCAGCGCCUCCAAGAACAAGGAUCACAGAGGGCACAAACGCUGAGAAGAGCCAGAAGCAAUCAGUUCGGGAGACGAUACUUCCCAAGUAG